AUGUAUCUGUGUCUCUAUUUCCUCGUCGCGACGGCCCUGGCCCAUUCUUGGGUAGAGAGGCUGAUGGUUAUUGACACCUCUGGCAAGAUGACUGGGCAACCUGGGUAUAUUCGCGGUACCGUCACGCGGCUUGACCCUCUAUUUAACGAUUUCCAGAUGCAGCAUUUACUGCCUGCUACAAAUGAGAACGAGGUGUCAGAAUCUGACCGGAUGUGUAAAAACUCGCAGACGUUUGGCAACUAUUCCACAACCCUGCCAGCGCUGUGGGCGAAGCCAGGGUCGUACAUUGCACUCCAGCAUCAAGAGAACGGCCAUGUAACUUUGCCUGAAAAUUCGCCCCAAAAAGAAAGCAGCGGCAUGAUUUACAUUUACGGCACAUCCAAUCCGAGCGAGGAUGAUACUCUGCGAUCGAUUCACAGAGUUUGGGACUGCAAUGGCAGGGGCGGCGACGGUCGUGGUCGGCUCCUCGCCGUGCGGCCCUUUGAUGAUGGGCAGUGUUACCAAAUCAACAAUGGCAACAUUUCACGGAGUAGGCAGGCAGCGUAUCCAAAAAAAAAGCUGUUGAUCCAUCAGCGACUAUUAUACCAUCUACUGUGA